UAUCGCCGCUUUCGCUUACAAGAACCUAUUCUACUGACCGCAAACACGACAUUAACGCGCUUGAAUGUCUCUGUUUCAAUAUCUCUGCCUUUUUCGAGCUGAAAUACGCCGCGAGCGAUGACUAUAUAUGAUGCCACACCUCUACGUUUCGUUACACACCAUAACAUAUCAUUCCUCACCUUCUUCCUUGGCUUAAAAUUCAUAGCCUCGACCUAGAACAUACAAUGCACUUCUUACUUCCCGCUACUCUGGCCAUCCUGGUCGCUACUGUUGCUGCCCAAGUUCCCAACUGCGCGCAACCCUGCGUUGCUGCCGCAAUUUCGUCUGUCGGUUGUCUGUCCAACGACGUCCAAUGCAUUUGCGACAAUAAAGAAGCGGUUGGUGAUAGCGCUGGGCCGUGUGUUGUGGCAGAAUGUAGUGCGGAGGAUGCGCAGCGCAAGUCCCUUUCACUGUCGUUUGAUAAGCAGGCUUUGGAUGAGUUCCAAUCGCUGUGUCCGUGAGAAGGACAUCGACGAGAUGAUUCGAGAGGUCCUAGGAAGGUUCGGAGAGGUGUGAAUAUAUGUAGCUUGGGAUGAAGAUGGUGUGGUAUUGGAAGAUGUAUGGUCUAUGUUACUGUACGUGAGAUACUGCUGUAUUGCUAUCUAUCGUCUUCUUCUUUCAGCGACUACUUGUGACUCUUUCAUACAAGUUGCAAAUCUAUUCGUCUUUCUCUGUUUCUUUAGUACAUGUGUGCUGUAGUCGCUGAUGGGCUGCUUCUUCUUUGGGCUGCAGGAUCCCCAUCAGGUCAUACGCCAUGUUUUAUUCUCUUUUAUGUUCUGUAUCUCAGUUAAAGGUGACUGAGCUUCGCAACAAAUGUACUUCGAUAUUUAAUUUUCCUCGUGUCGACAAAAG